UGAUAAAGGCAGAGGAAAGUUGCCAAAUGACUCACUAUAUGAUCCAGUCAGCAGGACUUCACUGAGGACAGCAGAUCUGAGUCUGUCUGUGAUAAGAAUGGAUCCUCAUCAGAACCAGAGGGGCACAGGGAACCAGCAAAAUCCCAGAAGAGACUAUUCCAGUCCCAGUAACAGCACAUCAGGCUUAUCUGGACCUGAUCCACCCGACACACAUCAACCUGACUGCGGGAAUCAAGCAACGGCAGACAGGCAGCCCCGGCACUCAGAUGGAUUCACUGUGAUCCCGCCAAAUGAAUCGCGACGAAGCCAGAUGCAAAGGAUGGCUCAGAAAGAAAUGGAGGAUCUUCAGAGAUGGAAAGAGGCAAACAAGGUUCCCCAUGUGAACCUGAACCCAGAGAGACUGGGUGGUGAUGUAACAUUGGCUGAAGCCAGGCAGAAGCAGUAUACAGAUCAACGUUUCUCCAAAGUGCAGAAGAAGCUGAGAAAGGAAGAGCUGGACAAGAGGAGGAGACAAGAAGAGGAGGAGAAGUUACAGAAGAUGAAAAAUGAAAAGAGGGAGCUGGCUGAGUACCUGGAGGAGAGGAGUCGACAGGAGGAGCAGAGGAGGAGGGAGAAGCACAGGCAGGAUCACCUCAGGAAGACUGAGAGUUUUCUGCAGAGCUUUGAGAGCAGAGGUUCAGGUCCACUGGCAUCCAGCAGUGCCACACACACAUCAUCUAGGAGUGACACUGUGGCGAGUAAACAGAGAGAAGCAAAAAGUGUGAGAGAAGUUCAGCAGGAACACAGGAGGGUGAACUCUGCUUUUCUGGACAAACUUGAGGGUCGAGGCAGAGGAAGCGAGAAUGAGACAAAGGGGAGAGGCAUUCGGGAAGCAGAGGAUCCCUGUUUUGCCUCUGAGAGCUUUAGAGAUCAGUCAUCCAACAUCCCUGGACAACAGCUCCGCCUCGCUUACCUGGACCCAGAUCCAGAACAGAGCUGCUCCAGCCGGACAGAGGAAGCUGACCCAGAGGUAGACUAUGACUGGGCCUUGAUGAAACUGAUGAACAGCUUUCCAGACUGUGCCAGAGUCUUCCUAGAGGACAUCCUUGACCAGUGCAAUGGUGAUUACGAGCAGGCCUACACACUCCUUAUCUCUACUUGAGCUGUAUGUUUCUUUAAUAUUGUGUUUUUGACAUUUUAAGAUUUGGUCUAAAUGAAAAUGUAUAACCAGUGUUCACAUGAUAAAAAAUAGAAUAACUAGAAAAAAAGUUAACCCCCUUGAUGGUGGAUAAAUGCACAAAGCUAUGCAUUAAAUCUAUAGCGACAGAUCAGUGUGUGUUGUGAUCUGUUUUUGAUUAAAGUAUUAAUCAUUGACUUUUUGGUGUCUUGUAUCUGUCGGCAUGCACUACUGACUCAGACUGGUUUUUGCCUGACAUGGAGCUGAAUUGAUGUUCGUUUUUUAACAGUUUAGUCAAAGGUCAACGCCAUGACUCAUCAUCUUCAGAUCAUAUUUGGGGUUCUUAAUUAAAUCAGUGUGUGCAGAUGGAAGAAAGCUCUACCCAAAUACGUGAUGCUUUUUGUUUGUUUUAUAAUCAAAGUCGUAUGUGAUGUAUCUAUAACAGGAUGUAAAGAGAUGAGAUGCAAAUAGGAUUUUGUGUAGAAAGACCUUUUAAUGGUUGGUUUCAGUUCAAAGUCGCAAAAGCUUCAGAGGAUUGUAAUAAAACACCUUGUUGUUAA